AUGGCCGGCGGAAGCGGUCGUUUUUUUCAUUUAGCGUUUUGUCUUUUGUGGCUUCUACAGAUUCACACGCCAUCAUAUGGAGCACAAAAGCUCAGAAUGGUUAAUGUGGUGAGUUUUUUUGUGAUAGUAUUGUAAAAUAUAAUUGGUUGAUUCCGAAAUGUAUCGGUGCUGGUACAAUACAGAGCAUAUGACAUGACCACGAAAAUUUUCAACAGGUUAAUUUUAUGUACGCGUGUAAAUUUUAACGAUCUUCUCAAUGAAUUACUUGCUUUCUUUACUUAUUUAUGAUUUUUGCCACUAAUUGAUCUGUAAUUCCCUGGAAUGGUACCUCAGCUCAUAAAACCUGGGCGCAUUGAAAUUUUCCCAAAUUUAAGCUUAAUUAAAGUCACAAGUGUAGUGUUAUGACUAAGCUUUUAAAUAUAAUAACCGAUCUGGAGAAGAUCGAGUCCCUACAAGGCGUCUAAGUUGACUUCGGAGUUUUCAACCUAGUUUCAAUUGGAAAUUGAGCUUGCAAACUAGCUUCUUCUAUGCAUAGAAGAUGAGAGGAUAUAAACAGUUUUAAGUAUUUUGCGUUUCAUGUAAGGCUUAUUACUUCCUUUCGCGAACCAAGCACUGACACAAGUCUGAGUCUUCUGCAGUCAAUGUUACGUUCAUAGUUCAUAUAAUUUCAAGGCAGAUAAGGAAGUAAAUGAAAUUACUUGACUUAUUAACGUUUAAUUAUUUUACAUUUUAUUAAUCAUCUGAGUCUUGUGUCAGUAUUUUCAAAGUAGUAAGCUUACUUCCUCAUUGUUAUAAAUGUUAGAAAGGUGCUCCUGAUUUCAUUUGUCUCCGAUCUAACUUUUAGGGCCAAGUCCCUUUUUGAAAUUUUACCCUUGGUUAACAGGGGGCUUUUAUAUCUAAAGUAAUAGCUUCACUGAUUCCUUCACCAUACAAAAAGCUACCAUUUUUAGCCAAGUAAAUAAUGUACUUUAAAUUCCUUGCGCCACUCUAACAAAGGAAACUUGAUUGAUUAAAUACCCUUGUAAAGCUGUGCCCUUGCAUUGAGGAGUAUUGUUAUCUUAUGUCUUUUGCAAAAUGGUCAUUUGAAUGCUUUCUAUCUGAAAUUAUCAGGUUUCCCCUCUUUAUACUGGCCUCCACAUAGUUGUACUUAUUUUAAAUCUGCUGUAUUUGUAUAUCUAAUAUACAGCUAUGCACAACUUAAUUAGCAUGUAUAUUAGCAUGUAAUUUGAAUUGAACGUCUUAACAGGUAUAUCGCCAUGGCGACCGCUCCCCCUACACCUUUUUCCCAACAGAUGAACAUAAAAAUUUCUGGCCUCAAGGCCUGGGGCAGCUUACUCAGGUUUGUUUUUACUUAAACCCAUAAUCCCUGAUAUCAAUACACAUACAUUAUUACUGUUUACCUUGUUUUCUUCACAUUUUUUGACUAUGACUAUGUUGACUCAGCAGUCAAUAGCAAGUGUCCUUACCCCACCCCCGGUGCAUUUGUCAUAUCAGGUAUUCCAACAGUGGGGUGUUGAUGUCAUGAACGGUGUGGGAGGCCCAGGGAGGGUGUUUUUGUCACUGUUUAAUUUGAUAUUUUUCUACAAUUUUUAGCCAGGGAAACCUAUUUUACUUGAAGAGUGUAGAUUUAGCAAACCUUAUAAAACAAAGUUUUGAUACCUCAAAACAGUAGGGUUAAUGUUAUUUUCCUGGGACAAAAUACUCUUGUCAUACCCUGAGUGCCACUUGGGAGAGGUUCAAAAGUGACUAGGGUGAGUCAGAACAAAUACUAGCAGGGUUGUCACUAAGGGCCGGGGGCCGGGGAUUUCCCCCAGCUACUCAGAGCAUGGUCCCCGGCUACUUUCGUCGUUAAAUUAAACCAAAAGAGCACACCUUUGAAACACACAAAGACUCUCCAUCAAACUAAAUGCGAGUUUCAUCUGCAGCAGGUUUAAGUAAUUCUGAAAUACUCGCAUGCUAAAACUAAGAAACGUCGGAAAAAGACAUCUGACUUAGAUUUGGUACUAGUACACACGCGCGAAAACUCUCGGUUCACAAAAUGUCAGUAGGGAGUUUUAGCAACGACGACGGCGACGGCAACGAGAAUGUCAAAAAAGCAAUAGGUUCAUUGAGCAAAACAACUAGUUUGCACGUGCAUCACGCUUUUUUGUACAUUUCUUUGCCGUUACUGCACGACUACGACGUGAAAAUGCCUAGUUUCACGUUUUAUGGAGGACGUAAAACAAGCGACGACAAACUUUUCUUUCUCUUUCUAAAUUUGAGUGUGCCCAAAGAAAUCAACUCCAGGGAAAUUGGUCUACAUUAGCUAUUUUCAGCGAAUUGAAAUAAACGUGACAAAGUUGGAAGAAACGCCAAUUCAUUUUUAAAAGUGACGUUUUCGCUGCCGUCACCUUUAUCAAUGCUAAAAGUCCCUAGUUUCAACCAUUGUGUAGGGUUUGUGUUGAACAUGUCGAAGAAGUGGCAAAGGAUUCUACACUCUUCGUAUGUUAAGUGAUGUUUCGUUCAUAAAUUCGAGACCACUAAUGUCACCAGUUGUGCAGUUUAGUUUUGCCAUAUUUUAUCCGGUGAUUUUUCGUGCGUUACGCUUGUUUUAGCCUUAUCAUACUUUUAUUUUUCAACAAGCCAUAGUAACCUUAUGUUUAUGAUGCUUUUUCGUACAUUCAUCGUCCGCUUUUCUUCUUUCCGCUUCUGCGCGGGUUAAUUCAUUUGCAAUAUUAGUUUCACUUUUGUUUUCCGUGAGUUGUUUCGUUCUAACGUAUAACUAAAAUAAUGAGGAUUUACAAUUGAUUUUACAGCGCAUGUUAAUUCAUUUGCACUGUAUAAGAAUCGAUUGUCCUUUCAACAUUUUUAGCAUUUGUAAAGUAUCGUUGUGAUUUAACACUUCACUGGCCACCAUGCGCCUUGUCUGCGUGAAGAUAAGACUGUGCAGGUAACGUGACCGGUGCCAACCUGUCCUUUUUUUUUAGGUCGGGUGCUUACCUGUNUUUGAAUAAUGAUGGACAGAUGCAGAGAAAAAUCACCGCAUGUGGGUGUGAAAAGAGAUGCAGAACGGGAAGAGGCUCCCUAACUGCAUGCCACUUCCACAGCUACUAACAAUAAAUACCCGGCAACUUGAAAUCUUAGUGACAACCCUGUACUAGCAUCAUUGCUUGCAGAGGGGGAGGGUGUUUUAUGGACCUGAUACACAUUUAUUCACUGCUAUUUAGCACAUAGAUUUCAAGUGACUUCAAAAGUAAAUGAUCUGAUCAUCGACACACUAGUUGUAGGAUUUCAAAUUUCAUGGAUCAAACACUUUUUUGGUUCUUUGUCCUGAGAUCAUGAGAACUUGUACCAUGAGAAGUCCUGGGAACCAUUUUCAAGAUCCAAGAUUUUUUAAGAGUGUUAAAAACAAUUUUUUUAAACAUGGCACAUUGACACACUCUGAUUUUGUUUCAUCAGAAUAAUUAUUUAGUUGUCAUGAGUUGGGUGGUAUAAUAAUGAUAUUAAAUAAUGAUAAUAAAAAAAGUUAAAAUUAUGUGACUCUAUGGGAUGGAUAAGUAUAGGAUGUAGGAUAUAAAAAAAAAAUAUGUAAGCCAGUGCCUAAGUCACCUAAAUCGAGAAUGUCUUUUUAAAUUUCAGAUUGGAAUGAGGCAGGAAUAUAAACUUGGCCAGUUGCUCAGAGAUCUUUAUGUUGAUAAAUACAAGCUGCUUAAUUCAUCUUACUUGCUCAAAGAGGUAAAUAGAAGAUACUUUGACUUGCUAUGGAAAUUUUCUUUUGAAGGAAUUAGGCUCGUAAUUUCAAAUGCCUAUUCAAAUGUUCUUAAAGCAUAGCCUGAAAGAAAAAUCCUACUGAUGCUGCCAUUUGCGAUAACUGGCAGCCAUCUUUAUCAAAACUAAAAACGUCACAGGUGUGAAUUAUAAUCUCCUAUUAGGACCCAAGUGGUUUCCACCCUCAACCAGGAGGGAGGGGUGGCCUCGACGGAGUGACUUUUUAGACACCUGUGACGUUUUUAGUUUUGAUAAAGAUGGCUGUCAGUCAUUGAAACUGUCAGCAUCAUGACAGGGCUUCUGAUAGGUCGCAGAGAAAAAAGUUUCAAAUAUGUUGUACAGACACGUAUUUGAUAAGAUUUUACCAAAUUUCGCAGCAUUUUGGGUGUGUUUGUGAAUUUUAGGAUUUUUCUUUCAGGGCUAUACUGAAUAGAUAUGUAAAUUUUCUGCUAUGAGUAAAAUUAUUACCAUGGAACUCCCGAGGUAUAACCCCAAUAAUGGCCUAUAUGAUGAGGCUCAUGCCUUGAAAAGGCUCCCUUUUUCAGGUUUCUGGUUUAUAAAAGGGCGGGGAAAUAUAUCAUUUCCGUUGGUAAAAAGCCAGCCCAAAAGGGGUAAUUAACAGUUGCAUUUUUGUGCCUUUAAAAAAGUCGAGAAAACAUCCUGGUUUUGUGAUUUAUUCAUAUUUAAUAGACAUUGCAUUUACAGCAGUUAUAAUAAGGGAUUCAAAGUUCUAAACUAGGUAUGUGAAAGGGGUACCACUUGUCAAAGGAAGGUAUAUGUAAAGGGUACCUUUUCUUUGGUGGGACCUUGGAACAGAGCCUUCCAAAAGUUUGUUGAGUACCCCCACUGGGAUGGAAUUCCAUCAUAUACCCAUUUUUUUAUAGCAACCUUCUUGUUAAAAAGUCAGUUUUCUGGCCCAAAUAAAAUUCCCCUCUGAUAUCCUCUUAUAUUCUGUAACCUUUUUAAUCUGACUACUGUCAAACAUACCUCCAGGUGAGACCAUGACCUGCCAUAAGCGACCACCUAUCCAAAAUGCUACAAUUUUCCCAGUCAAAACCCUACUAUGAAACCUUCUGUAAAUGACCAGCUCUCAUAAGUGACUGCAACCACUUUUUGGCCUGGUGAUUUCAUAGUUUUCCAUUAUUAAUUUUUUAACCUCUUGUAAGUGACCACUUGAUGCCUGGUGUGGUCCCUUUUCCUCUAUAUUUACUACUUCUCUCAGAGUAUACAAAGAAUGGAACUACACGUAUAGUUGUAACUCACAAAAUGUAUGUAAUAAUUCCAUGCCAAAAAGUUGCAGAUGUGUUAAGAUCCAUUUUUAGAGGAGAUGACCUGUGGUUUGAUUCUCGUAAGCGACCACCUCUUGUAAGCGACCACUAAAUCUUAUCUUGACUAUUUUUUUAAAAACAGAUCUAUGUUCGAAGUACUGAUGUAGAUAGAUGUAUAAUGAGUGCUCAGACACAACUGAAUGGUCUCUAUCCACCAUAUGGAGGGCAGGUACAAGUUGACAGCAUUUUUUUUAUCAUUUUUUAACUGGCAGCAAAAUAAUUUUAUAAAUCUGGUUGUGUAUUUUGGGAAAGAAAGUCAGAUUAUUAUUUUGCAAGAAACUUUGCUGGAAAUAUUAUAGAUAUUUUAAGUUUUCAAUGAUUUUGCCAAAAAAAAAAGUGUCACCAAUUUUCCAUUGUCGACACUUAUACUGUGGUGGAUCCACACGCUGAGGCAAGCACACUGUAGUUUUGAAGAGAGAUAGGGGGUGGGGAAGGGGGUAAAGGGGUGGGGGGGGGGGAGGGGUGCUGGGUUUUCCUUUUCCAAGUGAAUGAAAGCUGCAGAGCUUUAACUAAGGGAUGAGGACCGGGGAUUUCUCCUGGCUUCUAUGAGGGUGAUCUUCAGCUACUUUCAUGGGAAAGUAAUAAAAAAAUAGAGCCAAUAGAAAUUCCUUACCUGGCAACUUGAAAUCUUCUUGAUAGCGCUCCAAAAUUUCUUUUCAUUUUCAAAAGAACGACACUAUAUUUUGUCCUUGCUUAGGUGUAACAAAAAAAUUAAUAGUCAGUAAAGAAUUGAAUAUGAUGUUUUUAUGUUUGAAAUGUUGUUUAAUAAUAAUAAUAUAAAUAUAAAAUAUUUAUAUAGUGCCUAUAUGUUUUCUAGAUAUGGCGGGAAAAUUUGGACUGGCAGCCAAUUGGUGUCCAUGUGGUUCCAAAGAGUGAAGACUAUGUAAGUUCUUACAACCUGUGAACCUUCGGUUGGUAGGCGCACUGUUUUUAACUAGUGAUGAAAAUGCCAUUUUCUCCCAUUGGCUUAUAUUGGUAUAUUUUUAUUGCAGCUUCUUCGACCUUUUAAUUACAACUGCCCUCGUUUAAAUGAGAUAAUUGAAAAGUCAAGACAGGACCCAGAAUACCAGAAUAUGGCCAAGAAAAGCAAGGUUAGGACAAAAUCUUCACAACAGCUGGGCUUACAUGUGUAUGAUUUAUGUGAUGGCCAGUGUGAUUUCUCACACUAAUGUUGAUCUCAGAUGAAACAGAGUUCACACAGUCUUGAAAAGUCCUUAAAUUUUAGGGGAAGCUUGAAAAGUCCUUGAAUUUUCUUCAACUUAAAUGUAUUGGCCUGAAAAGUGUGUUUUGAUGCUUUUUGGUUGUCCAGGACAGAAUAUAAAUCAUAGAUCAGAGAAUUGAAAGGUUAUUUACACAAAGUGCUCAAUGUUUUAUGCAAUAAUUAACUAUCAAUUUAAGACUUAAGUGAACUGAAAAAUGUAGAGAAGCUGGUGAAGCAAACAGUUCAAGCCUUAAAGUCCUAUUAGAAUACACUAGGAAUGUGCAUUUAUGUACAGUAUGUGAAAAUAUGUUCCUAGUAGGUGGUUUCUGAAAAUCUAAUGUGGCCCUUGAAAAGUCCUUGAAAAAAAGUUGCAACUUUUUUAAUAAACCCUGUGAAAAUUAUCUUGGUUUUCUAGGAACUGCUGUCAUAUAUCUCACUACACGCUAACAAGACAUACACUCUAGCCAAUGGCUAUCAAGUAUACGACACACUUUUUUGUGAGGUAAUAAAGAUAAUUGUUGCCAGUUUCAUAUUUUAACAAGUUACAUUGGUAGUUAAUUUGCUGCCGCAUAAUAUUUACUGUGAGAUGUUUAGCCUGUGAAUACAGUGCAGUGCCUCUCCUUGCUCACCUUCACUGGGGAGGGGAGGGGAGGAGAGGGAUAAGAGGCCGCUCUAUUUGCAGGUAAAGUUCAUGGCUUAAUAAAUCUACUAGGCUAAGCCUAACGCCUGGGGCUAUAGUAAAAAGUUUUGUAAAAUUUACCAUAAAUAUAAGUAAAAUAAAUUUACCAUUAAUAUUAUGUGAGGAAAAACAUUCAACAAAACAAAGGAAUGAGUGAAAAAACAACUUUAUUAAAUGUUUCAUUUCUUCUAGCUGCAACCCUGGACAAUAGCUGUUGAGACACAUCACAAAAAUACUUCAGGGUUCGUACAGGUCAUGAAAAACUUGAAGAGUCUUGAAAUUUAAGAAUUUCAUUUUCCUGGCCUUGAAAGUCAUGGAAAUUAAUUAAUGUUGGUCAUGGGAAGUCAUGGAAAAUUGAAGUUGUGUUUGUUAGAUUAGUUACUGCAGACGUAAAAACAAGGACAAAGUUAGAUAGAGAGAGGUAAUUUAACAGUUCAAAUGGCACACAUUUUGGUGGACACCAAAGUGUAAUCUGUCGUACUAUGAAUCACGUCAAAAACUGCCCUAAAGCAUGGAUAGUUUUGAAGGUUUUUGAAAGUGACAGCUAUACCUUAGGUCAUUGAAAACUGGAAAAGGUCAUGGAAAAAGUCAUGGAAAGUUAUGGUAUUUGAAGAGAUAAUAAGAGUAUGAAUCCUGUGCCUAUUUUUUCUCAUCAUCCCAGUGGCAAAGAUGGAAACCAUCGCCAAAUGAAUGCUUAUUUUUCCCCCUCCUCCCCUCAUCCAAAGUUGUUUAGGAUAACAUGAGAAUUAUACACAUUGGUUUUUAGACCUAAAAAGCUUUGAACAGGGAGCGGAGUAGGGGUCCUACUUUUUCUGUUUAGAGAUGGUAGUAUGGUGCAAAAGUUACAAAAUAUAUGCAACUGCCUCAAAAGUUUUGUCUGGGGUUGUGGCUACAUGUACUUGUGGCCUAUUUUUCAGGGGUACCUUGAUAAUUUGAAUCCCAUUAAGAGUAGGAUUACUUUUGUUAAUAUUUACAAUAAAAAUGAUAGGAGCUUUUUAAGAGUUGUUCUACUUGUCAGUUAUUAUUAUAUUAUGAUAUUUAAGCAUUUUGGUAAUAAAUCAAUGUAAAAAAUAGUGCUGAAAUUAGAAGAAAAACGGUUUUGGGGGUACGUAAUUUUUUGCAGCAAAAUUUCAACUGGGAAAAAUCUCUUCAUUUUGCUUUGUAAUGUUUAUUUUAUUUCAAAACUGUGGAGUUAUUUGAAAUUCAUAUUAGUGUAUAGUGUUAGGAGUUUUAUGUGAUCUCAAAUCUUACUGUGACAGGACUCACAUAACCUGACGAUACCUUCCUGGGCUACAAAUGGUACCACAUGGGAAGCAAUGAGGAACAUGAGUAACUUUCAAAUGAAGUGGCUAUUUGACUCUCCAGAGAAGGCCAAAUUAACUGGAGGUUUGCUGUUUAUAAUUUCUUCUGUGUUUAAAAAGGGGCUAGCUGGGGAGAAUUCCUAGGGCUCUGCUGUCUGGAUAAUUUUUUACAGAUGUCACCACUGCCAAACUUAAAGGCAACUGUUUAGGUAAUCUGCACCCCCAUUGCACUCAGUAAUACAGUAAACACCCGCGUAUAAGAACACACGAUUUUGGAGGUCAGGCUGAUUGAGUUCUUAUUAUCAGGUACUUAAUGACAAAUCAGCCUCAAAAUGUUCUUAAAUUUUUAUUUGGUAAUAGUAUCCAAAACAUAUGUUGCUAGAGGUAUAUUUAGCAUAUUUUAGGAAAAUAAAAUAAAUAAUUAUUCUGUAAUUUGAUUAUAUCAACAAAUGAAGUUAUCUGACAGCAAACAUAAACUUACAUGUUUUGUAAUUAUGACACUUUUUCCAUUUUAUAAGAACAUGUUACAAUUUUCCGGCUGAUCUUGUUCUUAUAAAAAUGGGGCUUUAUUGGCCAAAUUUCAGCCUGGUGUUCUUAAUCCAUUUGUUCUUAUAUGCGGGUGUUUACUGUAUUUUCUUCAGCUGCCCCUAUCCCUUAAAGCUAAUCUCAUAUUUUUUUUUUGGCUCGCUUCCCCCCCCCACCUCCUCCGCCAAAUCUCACCAGCACACACGUGCUCAACUCAUUAAAAAAGAACCUCUCCUUAAUACUUUCUUAGGUAUCCUGGCGAAGACUCCUUUGUAAGGGUAAAUUAAACUGGAAAAGUUAUACAUAACACCGCAUGUUGGAAACUUAAGCCAAAUCUUUUUCAGUCUUCAGAUUAAAAUCCCCCCUAUCUUUUACUUGUAAAUCACUUACAAGUAAACCCGCCCUUAAUCGUUUCUAGUUGAUUGUUUACUCUUUGGCGAUUUUCUACUUUACGAAAUUAACUAUUUUUGUUUAUGAUAAGCUGUAGCCUGCACUCGAGAUAACAUGCAAUACAUGUAGCUCCUAAAAGGCUGAGAAAACAAAAUACACGUUACGUCGUCCUCGUUUUUGUUCCUCAGGAAAUACGGCGCAUGUGGGUCCCCGUUAAUGCGGUCACCGACAGGCCCGUAUUAAUGUAUGGGUGGGGUGUUUUUAGCAGGGACGGAACUUCUUUCAAAAGAUCUGAUUACAUUGCAAGUAUUAGACUGCGGAGUUUUAGAAAUGAACGACAUCACAUUUUCUAGGCACCUCCGCUGAAUGGAAAAAUUCAGAUAUAUAUUGGUUUGUUCAUAGUUUGUAGAGGAGACUGGUUAGGAAAGCCGGCAAACAUCAAAGAUGAAAACAAUGGUGAUAUAGUUUAUGUUGGAAGCUCCCUGACUGUGCACAAUCCUUUGUUUUAUUGCCCAUAAAUUGUGACUGAAUAAAUUGAUGCGAUCUUUCUAUUGGUCAGUAAGUUCAAAAUGAUAGGAAUGCUAUUGAACAUUGUGCACGGUCAGGUCCAAAAAAACUAACAAAAACAUCUAGUAGGUUUCCCAACCAUUCCACUUUAAUUAACUACCGUAAAAUUCCGAAAAUAAGCCCCGGGGCUUAUAUUUUUCAAAGGUCCUUUUUGAGGGGCUUAUUUUUGGAGGGGCUUAUAUUCGGAGGGGCUUGUCUACGGAGUGAAAUUUGAGUUUCACAAUCGAUUGGGCUAGCUUUAUAGUUGGAAGUAAAUUUACCGUUUUUGCUUUAUUUUACCUUGUUUUUGAGGGCAGUUUUCCUAGUACAAGCCCCCGGGGGGCUUAUAUUUGGUGGGGCGAUUUAACGGAGGGCUUUUUGCGUUACCGGUUUGGGGGGCUUAUAUUUGGAGGGGCUUAUACAUGGAGGGGCUUAUUUUCGGAAUUUUACGGCAUGGUUUGUCACAUUUCUAAAUUCUGUUCACAGUGUUUGUUUUUAAGUACCGAUUUGUUUUUUUUUUUUUUAUAGGGAGUUUAGUUGGAGCAAUCGUUGAAAACAUGAAAAACCACAUUGAGCCAACCUGCAAAAAACUUCACAUUUAUUCAGCCGUGAGUACCGCACCCCAUUAUCAAUUCUUGCAUAUUCUCUACAAUGCUUCGUUACGUUUCAUUUCAAAUGGAAAUGAUGAAGACAGUUUGUCAAAAAAACAUAGCAUUUUAUCACAAAAGAUCACAUCCUUAAUUUUCAUAACCUUGUGUGUGAUUUAGCAAUGAUGUCUUUAGGAGAAUUUAGACGUUCAACCCCGAUACAACAAAGCAGUCCAAGUUGCAUGAAGUUUCAAAUUUGAUUAAAACCUUUGAAAUAUCGCGGCAAAAAAUUGCAGUAAAAUUGAACCUAGUUUACACCUUCGAUUUUAUUCCGACAAAAGUACAGCAUACGGCGAGAAUUUACAUGUACACCCGCGUAAACCGGAGCACCCUACAGUCACGAAGGCGAUACGGUGAUCAGGGGAGAGCACACGCAAUCUGCUUCAAGAAGAACCGGAAUUAGGUUAUACAAAAAAUCCUGAGAGGAUGACUUUAAAUAUUGUGAUCAUAGUCUUUUGGCAUCUAGGCUUUGUUCACACUUAUACCGAAUGGCUUUUGCGCCGACAAGAGAACCACACUGGAUUGGGCUUCCUGUUACACAUAAGAACGGUGAUUUUGGCGCGCUUUCUGUAACGGGGCGAAGCUGCUCCGCGCCUAUAUGUACGUCACGUAUCGUAUAGUUUCUGUGCCACACUUUGAAUAGGUAUUCGGACCGCAGCAGUGGUGAAAAGGAGAAUAGAGGACUGGAACCCACUGAGACGGAAGAAAAUAUUAAGAACCAGACCCUCUCGGCCACAAACCGCUCUUGCUUUAUACCUGCCAACUCUCGCGCAUUAUGUGUGAGUCUCACGCCGGUGAAUUAAAGACAUCGAUCUCACGCAUCAAAGACAAUUUCUCACACCUGACUCCCAAAUCCGCAAAAACUGUUCGUUAACUUAUGAUAAAUAAUGAAAAUUCAAUUCAAAAAGGCGUUAAAUGAUGACUUGGUGUAUUUUUUUGUGUUCUAACGAGAUCAAAGCACGCAAACAUUGUCGUCUUUUAAGUAGCCGGAAGUGCUCAAACGUCUUUGAAACAUCUGCAGACAUUUUCGGCAACGUUCGGAAGUCUUCGGAAAGUUGUCGGAAAUCUUUGAAGUCGCCGGGGCGUUCCCGAAAAUUCUGGUCACGACAAGGUGAAAAUCUCACGCAUUUGAAUCACGCAGGUAUAUACCAUACAGGACAACUUCUCGUGUCGGCACGAAAGGCUAUCCGGUCAGUUAAUGUGAAUAUAGCCUAAAGGGAGGUUACUUGCUUCGUGCUAGACACCCCGUUUUCACUGGCAUGAUCACCCGUUGAACUAUCUAUGUUAGAAAUAAGGACUAGUGGUUGACUCGCACACCACUGCUAGUGGUUGAAUAACUUCCAGUAAUUUUCUGUAUGAUCUGUGUUACAGCACGACACGACAGUUGCCGCAUUACUGAGCGCACUCAAUCUCUAUGAUGGAAUCUCGCCAGCUUACUCCAGUGCUGUAAUGGUUGAACUCUACUCAGACGAAAAUGAUGACAAGUAAGGCAAUUACAGUUGUUCAUAUGUUGAUCGAUGAGGAGUUCUAGUGAAAACAAAUGAAUGCACACAUGUAAUAUUUUGACCAAACUCUUCCCCACUAAUCGAUUGAUUUAAGUCCACAUCACUUCAAAUUUUCUCCUGCCCUUUUCAAGUGCCAUUAGUAAGGUUUCUUAUAUGUCUUCUUUUAUGAUAUGUAACAAAUGUUAUCUUUUUGAGGUUGCGUUCGAUGUUGGAGAGAAUUGCACUAUGGCAAUGUUUGGAGUAGGGGGUAGGGGGUAGGGGCAAGAGGGAAUGAGCUUAUUUUCUCCUGGUGGGGGGUUAGGGAAGCAAUCACUUUUAUGGCCAUUUCGAAGUUGCGUUGUGACCUCGGUCAAAGUUCCUACCCAUACUACCCCAAUACAACCCUAAAAAAUAUGCAGUCAUCAACACUACACCGAUUCAGAUUCACGCACAACUGCAAGAGGCAUAUAGCAUUCGAUUGUCAAGCAUUUUUCCCUAAAUAUAAUUAAACGUGAAGUUGCAUUCGUGGGUACCCUUAUAUAUUAAAAGGCGUUGAUCUUAUUCUUCUCUGUUUAUUUUGUUUGUGUUUAAUUGUUAGAAAAGACAUGACAGUGCGUAUACUGUACCGUUUUGGCCAAAGUACAGACCCGAGAGUUCUUAGACUAUCCAACUGCACCGAAUAUUGUCCCCUGCAUCAGUUCAUCAAGUAAGUUGCUAUUUUUUUUAAAAAAAGAGUGGCUCCGGUCACACUUAAAACAAAAGUGAGCGAGUGAAUCAAAGAAUUCUUUUGUUUCACUCGUUACACAUUUGACUGACAAAAAGCAAUGGUUGUAAUUGGUGAGUAUCGCUAUAUCGCUAGCGUAGCGUAAAAAAUAGGUUUGGCAAAAUUUUCUCUCUCUUGAUCUUUUCCCAAAUCGUUUCAUCACGAUCGCGCUUGACUAAAUAAGCUCUUAGAGAAAAACAUUCUUUUGUUUCUUGAAAGAAGAGGAUAAAGCGAGGUUCUGCCAGCUCUCUCUGAAUUGCGUCAAGCCUCUGAAGUCGCCGCAGCCCCGAACUACUGGACUAGUCAGUCUUGUUUUCUCUCGUCAAACUAGUUUUUUCGAGUGUGAGCAUCCGCUGCCCCGUUUACGAUGAACUGAUGGUCAUAACUGAGCCCGCUAUACCAAGCGCACGGCUAGUAGGCCUGGGCUCGAAACUGUAUCCUAACAACAUGCAACGCAUGCGCAACAAAUUCAAGCAGACGCCAAAAUGGAGCAAGCGAAAGAAAGUCUAUUCUGGUAAAGUUGGCUAAAUAAUAUGUUGCAGGACUUGUGUUUUGAGCAACUCAACUCCGGCUAGGCUUUGAAAAAGUUAUUCGUCCUUUAGAGCGUUUUCACUCACAUGGCCAGCAUCUAUGCUAAUUUUUUGGAACAAAAGAAAGCAUUUACAUGAGAAAAGAGUUCAACUCCCAGAGGAUUUUCUUUGUACACCAACAUGCCCGCCGUUUUAUUGUUUUAGAACACCAUUAUGGCCGCCGUGACGUCAUGUGAAAACGCUCAAUUUUAGUGAUUGUUAAGUUAUGUCUUUUCCCGCGCUCUUUGGCCGGAAAACAAAAAAGCGUGCAAGAAAAGUCGAUGACACUCGAGGAUUCUGAAAUUGUUGAUGAAUGUGGAAUUGAGUUGUUAAUUACUGUGUUGGCCUUCCCUUUUCAGGACGACUGCUGGUGUUAUUCCCGGUGAUCUGAACAAAGCUUGUGGCGUGAAGCAAGACAAAUUGUGUGUGAAGACCAUUGUUUAUAAGAGUAAGUUCUGUGCUAACUAUAAACUCUCAGCCCCUUUAAGACCUUGAUAUUGAAAUUAAAUAAUCUAGCUAAUUUGCGACUUCCACGUUCCCCGUAAUUUAACUUGUCCUCCCCACAAAAUUUUGCGUAAGUAUUGUUUUCAGUUUAUCUUUGAACAAACAAUUGCCCCUGAAGAAAUUUUGUAGGGGAAACAAAUGGAAAACGUUAAAGUCGCAGAUAAUCGAAGCGUGGAUUCUCGUUUGCCAACUACGUGAACGAGCCUCAAAAGUCAAUGAGGCGUGUGGCGACAUAGAAACCGCGCGUAUUCGUGCGAGUUGAAAGAAGCUGUAAACUUUAAGUGCCCCGUGAUUCCGUUUGUGUGACUAACACAUAUUAUUACCAGCGUCCUCCUCAGGCGCUUCGUUUUUUUCGCAUGGUAGAGGCGAGCGCGAAACGCGAGUGACUGGUGAUGAACCGCAAGGAACCAUGGGAAGGGUACAGACGGCAGGCGGAGCGACGUCUCGCCCGUUGUCUCCUUCCCUUGCGCGCACAUUUUCAUCGAAGGAGAGACGUCUGGGUACGAGGCAGUAUUAUUACAUAUCAUAUGUGAUGGGAAACCGCUAUAGGUUAAAGUUGUAGAUGCAGAACACAAAAGACGUCUGUUUUGCAUUUUUUUUCCCCAAAUGAGUAUUUCAACAAUGAACAAUCAAAAUUUAAAACACUAUUCUGCCCGCAAUUUUUAAAAACUGAAUCAUUGGAUAAUGCAUUUCUAGAGCUCUGAUUGGCUUAGCCAUCAUGGUAUAUGAGCCAUUAUACCAUGCUCUCUAAAUAUGGUACCUGUACGCGUCUGCUCAAAAUUAAAAACAAGCUGGAAAUCGGUUGUUUUUACAAAUAAAGUUGUGAACAAUUCUUGAUAUUUUGGGCGCGUUUUCAAUAAAACAAUUAUUCCACUCGCGCUUGUUGGAUACGAGAUGAUUAUAGCCAACUCGGUUGUUGGUUUUCUACCAUCUCAUAUCCAACGCGCACUCGUUGAAUAAUUUUUAAAUAGCAAAGCUGAUCUAGGCGGUAGAACAAAUCAGAUAGUUUGUAACACACUGGAAAUAAAUUUGUUAAGAGGUAGGGAAAAAAAUGUUUACAAAACAAUCAGGAAUUCUGUCCGUGUACCGCUGAUACACAGACAGGAGCUAAAUCCCUCCUUUUUCUUUUGCAGGUUUCUUGGCGGGCUUUAUUGCCGUCACUGCGAUUCUGUCGCUUCUGCUGCUUGUACUGUUCAUCAGAUGCUGUCGGCGAAAAUGCUGCCGUCGAAAAAAAAAUCUGACUUUUUAUAACGACCUAUUGAAAGAUGCGCGACUCCUGGACAAGCCAGAUUAUGACUCUGACAGUUAG